CGCAAAAAGAUAUCUCGCAUCAUGAAUCAAAACAACCCAACCUAACCACGCCAACCACACCACACCCAUCCUCCGCGUUACCCUCCUCCUCCUCUCCAGCAACUCAUACACAUACACACCCACUCGCAUCCUCAAUUCCCUCGCCUUCCCUUCCCUAAAGCCAUCAAAUACUCCCCUAACCUCAACGCCCACCCACCAAAAUGCCUCGAUACGUCGGACCGCCGCACUUGUACGAUCGAGAUGUCUCCCAGCUAAUCCAGACGGCUAAACCGCACUUCCCUUAUCGGAAGAAACCCAGAACGGUUCGAAUCAUAAGACCAGAGAUCUCGGAGUCUCCGGAGAUGCGGAUCCGAUAUGUCAAGCAUCAUAUGGGUCGGGGGCAAGCAUUCCGGCAGUCAGCACCACGAAUUGCCAUCAAUCCUCAGAUUCAGGCCUUGUUGGCAAAACCGACGUGGUCAGUUGGGUCGUUGCUUGCGCCGAAAGGACGGGGGAGGGAUGGAAGUGCUGCUGUUGCUGUUGCUGGACGUUCAGCGACAGCGGCUCCGACAUUUGCCAACGAGAAGAACAACCAAGUCGCAGACGAAGCAGACGAAGAAGAGGAAAUCACUCCCGAAAAACUACGCCAUCUCCUCAAAUUAUCCGCCCUCCCACCUCCCAAAGACGCAGCUGAAGAACAAGACAUGUUGAAUACAUUACGGCAACAAAUCCAUUUCGUCAAAGAGAUUCAAAAAGUCGAUACCACCGGUGUAGAACCAUUGGUCGCAAUCCGCGAUGAGACAGUUGAUGGGAUUUGGAAUAAUACCAUCACAGAGGAAACGUUAGAACCGUACUUUCAAAUGGAGGAACAUGUGGGAGAAAAUGGAACUAUUCGACGAAGGAAAGAGGUUGUGCCGAAUGAUGUAAACAAGGAUGACAUGGUCGAUGACCCAGCGGAGCCGUUGACGGAGCACAUUAUGGAUGAUUCGCAAAUAAUGAAAGAUCAAGAUCAUACCGUCGACGACCACCCAGCGGAAGCGGAGCCGGAGCCGUUGAGGUCGGACAUGAAGGAGGAUCCGCACAUAGAGGAAGGUCAUAUCUUCUACGACCCAGCGGAGCCGUUGCCGCCGGAAAUGAUGAAGGGUCCGCAAUUAAGGAUAUUUUAUACCGUCGACGACCCAGCGGAGCCGAUGCCUUCGCAAAUUAUGGAGGAUCCGUUUGAUCUCAGUACAGAAGAUGAAACCGAGAAGGGGAGGAGGAUCGGGAGGUAUUUUUAUGUGAGGAGGCAGAAGAAUCGGAAUCAGUCUCAAGAGAGCAGAGCUGAAAGCACAACCUCCCCUGAUUGAAGGGGUAUGAUUUGAUGCCAGUUUCUGUUGGUAACUGUCUUCAAAGUCCACGGCGGAAUACAAGUGUCAGUAACCGUGGCUAUCUGCAUGCGGCUGUAAUGCUGCGACUACGACGACAAGUCCUGAAAAAGCAGGUAUCGAGAGAUCAAAAUGCUGGAUUGAGCAUUCAAAAUACCAGAAAAGAUGCUUCGCAAAGCAGAGACAUUUUCAAUACCGCCAAUCCGCUAACAGACAACGUCUGGUUCUAAAACAAAUGGACCGAAAAAUAGUCCAUGAUAUGGCACCAGGUCUUCAUGGCCGCUCAGCGACACCAAAACUGUACUAUCUCAUACCACCACCCGGAUAGACCAGUUCCCACCUUGCCGGGAACUCCCAGAAGCAAGCUUUUGCUUACUUUGCUUCAACGCAGACUCUCCCGUCUGUCUAUGUACUCUCCAACAGGUUAAUAAACAACAAAGUAAGAACGCAUCCAACAGGUCGUAACAAAUGACGCUUAAAUACAGUGGACUCGUCAGGCAGUUGCACGUAUAUCUUG